GGCAAGAUGGCGGCGCGCGCGGCGCGGGCGGCGCUCGGUACUGUGUGCGGGCGCCUCUGGCAGGGUUCAAGGAAUUUUUCUGUAAACAGUUCUAUGGGCAGUAGUGCCAAAAAUGGUGGCUUUCUUCUCAGUACCAACAUGAAGUGGGUACAGUUUUCAAACCUACACGUUGAUGUUCCCAAGGAUGUGACUAAGCCUACGAUCACCAUUUCUGAUGAACCAGACACAUUAUAUAAGCGCCUGUCCAUUUUAGUAAAAGGCCAUGAUAAGGCUGUAUUAGACAGUUAUGAAUAUUUUGCUGUGCUUGCUGCCAAAGAACUUGGUAUCUCUAUUAAAGUGCAUGAACCUCCAAGGAAAAUAGAGCGAUUUACUCUUCUCAAAUCAGUGCAUAUUUUCAAGAAGCAUAGAGUUCAGUAUGAAAUGAGGACACUUUACAGAUGUUUAGAGUUAGAGCAUCUAACUGGAAGUACAGCUGAUGUCUACUUGGAAUAUAUUCAGCGAAACUUACCUGAAGGAGUUGCCAUGGAAGUUACAAAGACAAAAUUAGAACAGUUACCAGAACAUAUCAAGGAACCAAUCUGGGAAACACCACCAAAGGAAAAAGAAGAAAAAUCAUAAGUCUCAGAGAGAUCGCCUGUGCCAGCAUUGAAAGUGGGAGUGGGCCAGAUAUGUAUUGAAAUGGAGGGUGCUUCUGGGUGAGAUGAUUUUUGAAUUCCCCUAGCUGCUCUGUUGAGUCCACAUGCCCUGAACAAUUGAAAGAGGAAAUAGGACUUAAUAAUACACUGGACUGUGGAGAAAGAACCACUUUCUCUGUGCUUCUAUACAUGUCAUUCUUCCUGUUCUUCUCCUAACCAGUGUGAGCAAGCCAUUUUGACUACUGUAUACCAAAAAAGUCAAAUUUAUCUUUUGUUAUUCUGCUAUGGUUGAGUUAUUCAUUUGUACUGGUUUUUUUUUUUUUUUAAAUAUUUAUUUAUGCACUCAAGAGCUGGGGUACAGGCCAGAGAUACGGUGGGAGUGAGAGGAUUCACCAUAGGCAGAGUAGGGAACAGAACAGGCAGACUGAGGGGAACAGUGAACGAGUCAGGAUAGGUCUGCUGUGCCAUGUGGGUAGCUCCCUGGCCGGCCAGGGCAUCAAACUCAUGCUACAGAGGCUGCAGAUUACUUCAUAGUGCGGUGCUUAACCCCUUGUGCCACCAGGGAGGCCCAUUUGUACUGAUUUUAAUUGAUACCAUUUCACUCAUAUAAAACUGAAAUAUUCAUCACAUGCAUUUUUUUCUUUUGAGAUACCUUGAAAGAACCUUUGUUUGAGUUGGUUGAUUUAAUCUUGAACAGCUCAGGUUUCUAAUAUUUACCUGAGUGCAGGCUGAUACAUGCUAGCUUGGGGUGGUUACCUCUAAAUUUUGCCCAAUUUAAGCAUUACAUUCUUGAAAAUGAAUGUACUUUGCAGAAGCUCAUGCACAUUUGUGGCCUGCAUGGAACUCUUUUUGCAGCUCAGAGCCUUAGGCCUGCCUGAAAGGGUCACUGUAAUGGAAUUGGAACUCUCAAGAAAUUCCUGCCUCUGUCAUUCACAGAAUGCCAUUCAUUCUGUGAUUCAUUCAUUCAACAAGCUUUAUUUUGUUAACUUUGCAUCCACACUGUAGUGAAUACCCAAAAUUGAAUAGAAAUUUUUUGCUUUUUCUUACUAAGUUCCUUACUAAUAAGAAGGCCUCUUACUUUGCUAAAUGGAACUUUUUGUCUGAAGAUGUCUACUUUUCGAUGAAAUUAAAUAGUAGUUAAAACCCUGAAAAAGGCAAGCCUAUAAUGGCCUGAAAUUGUUGGUGUCUCGGUCCCAAGGGAGUGAUUGGUUUCCUUUUCACAGCAGACUCGGGUCCAUGUCUUUUGUGGUUUCCUUCACAUCUUUGGGCUAAUUAUGACUUCUCAGUUUUAACCCCCUUAAACUGGACCCUGUUCUCUUUUCCUGUCCUACUAUCUGGUGUCAGUGUUUUGAAUGCAUUCUGCUUAUGUAGCAGACUUACGUUACUGUCAUUAACAUGGAAAGAAUUACAGCCUUGUGCCCCAUGACCUCAUUGUACUUACAGCUCAGUUGACUGUGUCAUUCACAAACACCUAAAGCAUGCUUCUCCCAGAUAGAAACCUUGGGAUUAAGAUGUAGUCAGUAAAACAAGAGCAGCGCAAUAGUGCCUAUGUCUAGCAAAGCAGCAGUUGUGAUCUUUUUUUUUUUUUUAAGUAUUUAUUUUUAUACAAGAGCUGGAGUACAGGCCAGAGGUACAGGAGAGUGAGAGUAUUCAUCAGAGGCAGAGCAGGGAGCAGAACAAGCAGAUGACAGAAAUACACUACUGAGGGGAGCAGCAGGCAUGACAGGAGAGGUCUGCCAUACCAUGUGGCAAUCUUGCCGGCCGGCCACAAUCAAACCUGCACUACAGAGGCUGCGGGCAGUGCAGAGCUCAGCCUGCUGUGCCACCAUGGAGGCCCUGAUCAUCUUUACUUUAAAAGAAAGAAUUAAUUAGAAGUAGAUGUAGAUGCAUACCUAAGCUUCUUUGUGCUUAUUUUACGAACUAUUAGUCCAUGUAGUAUAAAGGAAGAGCUAUGCAUACUUACCUCCAGUGACUGUGUGAACUCCUUUAAAGGUAUACACCCACUUGUAGCUGUUUUCAGAAUAAAUUAAUCUGUAAGCCAGGUGACUUAGCACUUCAAAUUAUAUACAAUGCAAGUAAACUGCACAAAAUAACAAAAACUAGUGGUAUUUGACAAGUGUUUGGCAAAUUGGAAGCCUGCUUCUUGAUAGAAGCAAGGUAAUUGCAUCUCCUGAUAAUGGGUUUUUUUUUUAAUUGGGUCUCCCAAGUAAAAUUCAUAUUCCAAAACUUGGAAUGAAUGCCCAAGCCUCACUGUGUGCCCUUGUCUGUUCUGUAGUGAGAGAAUAAUGGCCCCAAUGAUAAAAUGAAUGUGAAGGUAGGUGGGAAGUGAGGAAAUUUUUUUUGUGGGGGGUGUAGCCCUGAGUUCAUUGUUGCUUUUUUUAAUCCGAAGUAUGUUCCUCUUUCAAAUUAAAAAAUGUUAUGGUGUAUUUAAAACUAUACUGUAUAUUACAGAUCUUUGAUAAGACUAAAAUUACUUCUGUGUUCCUCUGGCCAUCUAAACAUGCUACAGUAACUAUGAAGCAGUUUUUUAUAAACCAGUUGUCUGGUUUUUUAACAUUUCCACUUGUCGGGAGCAUUCCUCCUUUAUGACAUUAUAUUAUUAAAUUAGUUGUCCCACAACAUGAAUGAGGAGCAGAGCAGAGCAGAGCAAACAUGGACUUUGGAGUCAGACAGACUUGAGUCCGAUAAGAGUUAGUCCCACUAACUGUGAUAAACUUGCACAAGAUAUUUAACCCUGCCAGAGCCUCAGUUUAUUCAUUAAUAAGAUGUAGGAAAUAAUACCUGCUCAUCAAGGUUGGAGUAUUAAAUAACUAAUAAAGCAACUGACACAGUGGCAGGCAGGUGAUAGACAUUCAAUAAAUAAUGACUAUUACUGGAUGGCAGUACAAAUUUGAUGAUACUUCAGAUGCUUGUGUGCUGUACUAUUUAAAAACCAGCUGAAAAGGACCUCAAAAUAUCUCCAAGGUGAGGAUAAUGUUUGAGAGUGGCUGUGAAGCUUGAUUUAGAUGAGAAAACAUGGAAUGUGCUUAUUUUAGUCCCCACCAUGCACAAUGCCAAGCAUUUUACAUAGGCAGUCAUCUGUAGAU